AUGUCUUGGCCCAAGAAGAUUCCCCUUCAGGUCAUUGGCGCCGUGCGCUAUGCACAUAACGACAUGGAGAUAUUUAGUGUAGUGCCCCAUGGGAUUCGCAUCACUGUGUGUGUUUGUUGUGGGGGGGAGCAGUUUCGAAGCAGAUCCUACUCUACUCUACUAAUUCCUAGUGGUCUGUAUAUAGCUUGUGUGACCUUUUGGAACAUCGCCAUUUCUGUGUAUUUAACAAGAGUCCUCUGUGCAUUGGGGAUGUACACAAUACGCACUUGAACUUGCGUCGUAUGCUCUGAGCGUCUUCAUUUUGUUCAGCGCACAAAGGUGUUUCCAUACGCAGUGUCUGAGCAUGCUUUAGCGUGCGUAGGCUCUGCAUGCCGAUGAUGAUAAUUUGCAGUGUGUGUGUGUUCAGUGUUUGUUGCCUGUUGUGCACAUUGAAGCUCCGUGUGUGUUGGUUUGGACUCCCCAUGUGUGUGUUCAGGCACUUUCGCCAAAUUCAGUGUGCCGCAUAUGAUUAUAGGCCCAGAAUCCAUAAAGCCUGUUUCAGUGUUUUCUCUUUCUCUCUCUCUCUCUCUCUCUCCUUCCAUCUUCCCUCUCCCCCCCUCUCUUUCUUUCUUUCUUUCUUUCUUUCUUUCUUUCUUUCUUUCUUUCUUUCUUUCUUUCUUUCUUUCUUUCUUUCUUUCUUUCUAUUAUGAAUAAUACAACAACCUGCUGCUUGCCAUGAAAUAGCAAAAAGCCCAAGUGUGCUAAUGUCUUUUGGAGCCUGGAUCAGUCAGUGUGUUGAUGUGCGGUGCUGUGUACACUGGGAGGGUUGUGGACUCUGUUGUCUGUCUUUGUUCUGUCUUCGCGUACGUGUCUGUUGCUACCUGUACACUUAGCAACGUGUGCUUUCGUGUCUGCGUGCUGCUGUGCGAACAACCGCAGCACGCAAUGUGAAAGGAAAUCAACUUCAUUUGUAUGUUGUGUGUGACCCUGAGUGUGUGUGUGUGUGUGUUACUGACAAUUGAACAACGAGAAUUCAGGAUGGACUAGUUUUCUUUUCAUGCAGACUAUGUGUGUGUGUACUGCAGUAAGCAUUAUGCUCUCUGUCUGUCUGUCUGCCUGCUGUGUGUGGAAUAGGCAGUGCAGCCCCUUGCUGUGCAUGGUAUCUACUGUACAUUCUGUAUCCGUGCCUGAGUCCGUCGGUGUGUGUGUGCCCAUGGUUCUGAAUGCCUCUCACACACCUUGGUAUUUUAAGCAUAUUCCAUGUUAAUAUUCAGUGAGGGGGAGGUGGGGGUGAAACCAGUCCCCAAGUUCACCAUGACAGUUCAGAACGACAUGACAGAGGUCGAACACAUGCACACGCACAUGUACAUACACAUACUGUAUAUACACACACACACAGAUCCACACAUAUUCCACACACACCAGAUGGGAAAGAGAUACAUAAAUCGGAGGAGAGAGAGAGAGAAGGAGGGAGAUGUCCGAAGCACCCUGGCAGCUGAGAAGGACAGAUGGAGAGAGAGAGAGUAAGAUAGAUGGAGAGGAGGGCUACAGAGAGCUUGGUGUGACCUGAGGGGCCAUUGGGGGCCGGUGUGGGCUUCAGCUCACGUUUCCCCAGUUGGCGAGUUGUCACCGCACUCCUCCCUCCCAGCCUUCUCUCCCCCUCCCCCUCCCGACUCCAACACAUUUCUCUCCCUCCUCCUGACUCCCCUACCUCCCCACCCCCCUCUGUGCUCCUGACUGAGUAGCCCUCCUCCCUCCUGUAGUCACUUUCUAGCUGUGGAAACGUGCUGCGUCUCUGGGGAGGCUUCCUACCCUCUGCGCAAGGGCUGUGGUGUGGAGUUGGAAAGGGAAUGUGUGUGUUCCAUCUCUGUUGAAGGGCUGUGGAGCUGCACUGUUGUGCCCUACCUGUUGAAUACGGCUAUUGGUCAUUCAGGUUGUGUAUGUAUUCGCCUGUGGGUGUGUAAACUGUAGAUAUCGAUUUGUCUUUGUGUAUUCCAUCUACCCUCUGCACUGUUGAGCAGCGGUGGCGACACGGUGUGUGUGUAGCCGUGUCUCUCUCUCGCUCACUGUGUUUGUGUUCCAUCUCGCCUCCGUCAAAGGGUUUCUGGCGUCUGCUCCUCUCACCCCUCUCCUCCCGUCAUUGGCUCCCCCUGAAAGGCUCCAGUCUCCUUCCCGGGCCUUAGCGUCAGCGCUAGCUUAGCUAGGCUGUCUGAGAACUGAGGCUACGUUAACAUGGUCUUGAAUAUAAAUCACUGUUUGUUUGAUGUCGGAUGCCUUAACAUCGCAUUCCUGAGAAGUCCAGUUCUCAUAUGACUGCUUGACACUACCUCACAUUCCUCCAACAAGGCAAUAAACUAUUUUCUUUGGCACAUUAGCCACAAGGUAGAAAAUAAAUGAUGUUUUUAUUAUGUAGAGAGGACCAUUGUAUUCAAGAUGGCCUCGGUUGUGUUUGUUGUAACAGUGUUAGAGCACAUUGUAUUACCCUUUAGCUGGGAUGAGAGAGAUAGUCAGAGGACACGUGCUGGAUUCUUUGACUUGGCCCCAAUUAUGAGAUGGCGCAGAAAUUGCAUGCAGAGAUUAUUCUAUAAAGACUGUAUUACUCAAGAUACAGUACUUGUGCCAGCCUUUAUUUCACAAACUGUAAAAGAGGGCUAUGAAAAGCCUAUGAUAUUUUAUGUGGGUUAAAACCCAUUCAAACAUACCAGUUAUGAACUAUAUAUGCAACACACGCAAUGCAAAUGCCAUCUGUUGUAUUCGAUUUAAGUGCCAUGCAUUUUCGGUAAUGGCCCCACUUUUUAGCACUGUCAGAAUGCUAGCUACAGUAAUGUAUGACACCCAACCAGCUGAACUAGUUGGUUCAAGGGUAUUACACAGUAUAGUAGGAAAUGUGAGCUUUGAUGCGCCUGUGAGUCUUUUGAUGUUUGAUAUUCACUGGAAAUAUGCUGUUGAUGGUACUGUAUUGAUUUUCUGUUGCAGUCUGGAUGUUUGUGGCUGCAGGCCAGUGGCAGGCAUUGCGUACUUGUUACCAAGGUGUUACCUGGCUGCUACUGUGAGCCCUGAGGCUGUGUAUCUGAGUAUAUGUGCAUUUGAGUUUACGUGUGUACGUGUGUGUGUGUGCUCGUGUCACCCCGCAUUAGCACGCCGCGUGCCUCCUUUACCCACAGGUAACCGGGUUUGACAUGCUUCAAAAUCCUCUCUUUGGAAUGCCAGGCUUGCGCUAACCUGCCAAGAUGUCAGGGAGAUAGUUUUGUGGCCCCCUUCUGCAUAGUUGUACUUUUUUUUCAAAGACGAGACCCAUUAAAAUGCGUUGUGUGUUUGCAAAGACAGGAGAGGAUUGUGAUUUCUCGAUUUUUAGCACACAGGGCUUGGCAGUUGAAGUGGGUUGUACCCUAAGGGUGUAUUUCCAGUGACUUGUACCUACGCACACCUGCACACACAGGAUGUCUUCCUUUUCCUCUUUGGAACCCCCCUGCUGUUUUAGCAACAUAUUUGUCUUUACAGUCUUGAACGCCCUAUCUUCCUACCUUGGUGACACAGCAACCGUGUAUAAAGCUACAUUAAUUAGGCGCAGUGACACUGGACAGCCCAGUUUAUUAUGCUAAUGACCCUGUUGAUGUGUGCGUGUGCGUGUGCGUGUGCGUGUGCGUGUGCGUGUGCGUGUGUGUGUGUGUGUGUGUGUGGCAGACCUGGGAAGAAAAUAGUUGUAUUUUGUAGUUUAUUUGAAAAUACCAAAUAUAGUUUCAAAUAAAAGGCAACAAUUUUCUUUGAUAUUCAAAUACAGGUCUCAGAAAAACAAAUAAUAUUUGAAGGUAUUUGAAUAUAUGCAAGUUAUUUGAAAACAAAAUAAAUAUUUAUUUGAUGGCUGACAAAUAUUUGAUGAAGAACCAAAACUACAACAGUUUAAUUAGUCUAAAUAUAUUAACAAUAGCACUUGAUUUGGCGGGCUCCCAGAUAUGAAUCUUAAUAUAGCUUCUAGCAGUGGUCACCAACCUUUUCCGAGUCAAGAUCACUUUGAGUCCAAAAGCAAGCCGAGAUCUAUCACUCAGAUAAAACAAAUACAACUUAAAAAACAUAAGCCUACUGUAUGCAACAUUAACCUAUUAAAAACAGUUCUGUAGCAGUGAGGUUUGUGCAGUUUGCUAUAGGCCCAAUACAUUAUCACUGCAUAUUGGCUAUGCUUGAAUUGCCCUGCCAAUGUUUAUUAUGUCUAUUUUCAAAAAUGUAGGUAUAUGAUCACACUGGUAAUUGAUAAUUUGUUGUAUUACUUGUGAGGCACAGCUGAGUGAGCAUAAUAAUUAGCUUUUUUAUUUUACUGGACUGAUGGCCUGCAUCUAGUGGUCAGUCUGAAGGGAGGGAGAGAGCAGCGGUGAGGCUGCCUCUCACCCGUCCCUCCUCUCUCCCUCCCUUCCGCUGAGAAAAGAGGACACAAUCUUCCAGCUGAUGGCGAAACUCAAGUCGCACUGCAUUAUUUCUGCGUCAUGCACCAAUUCAUGUUGUUACUGCUAUAACCAGAGAAAGUGAAAUAUUCCUCAAUAUUAAAAAAGACACAAGCCUCUAAUAAUAACAAUGCAAACUUAUCGGAACACUUUGCUAUGCUCAUUAAUUGCAGCUGCAGUGCUGGUUGUAGCGUGAGUGGAAGUAGGGAGAAUGUGCAUUUUAUGGCUUAUAAAAGUGUUGAACAAAGUGUUGACUGCUGAAUAACAACUUAAACAUGAACUUAUGAAAACAGCAGCUCUUUGCUGUAUUAAUUGAGUCUCUCUAGUCAUGGUUUUUGAAAAGUAUUGAAAUCUCAAAGUAUCAACUUUGCUGUGCGCUCAAGGCUUAUUUUUACAGCCUAUGGCUUGAGGAAACUGUGCAGACACUGUGAUCUGAGCUAUCUGAUUGGCCAGUGGUAGGCCUAUAGGUGCACUUGAUUUCCUCUCUGGGCCUGCCGGGUUCUACCUUCAGACACAUGGAAUGGUUAAAAGUGGGAACACUUAGCCUUCCUGGCACUAGGGCUGCUGAAUCAAGUGCACCUACCGCCAACACCGAAAAUAAAGGCUUUUUAUUUUAUUUUUAUUUUUUCCCAGAAAUGUUUGGUGAUCGACUAUGAAGGCCGCGAUCGACCGGUUGGUGACCACUGGCCUAUAGCCUAGCAUUAAAUACAUGAGGGACAUGGAAUCACCUCAACAUUAGAGUAAACCACUUUUGCAGCUUCAAAAUGACUAACUAAUAUAUUUUCAUCAUGAGUGGGACGUAAGAUAAUACAGUAACAGUUGACAUUAAGCUCUUAUGCGUAGGAACUUUGCGAUUAUUACAAUAGCAACAUUGAGUACAUUUACAUGCACACUAAUAAUUUGACAUUAAACGGCAGUAGACAGAUUAUGCAAUAGUCAUGUAAACACUUUACUCUGUUUAUAUUAAUCGGCGUAAGGUCAAAAUCGAAGUAAGCAUACACCGAUUAAAACACAUGGUUUUCUGAGCAAUCAAAUUAUUAGGACAUGUAAACAGCUUAAUCGACGUUCCAGCUGUGUAUUUGAUCUGCACAGUGCUAGCACCAGCUGAGUGAGCCUCCCUCUUUAGCGCGAGUGAAGUGAGUUCGGAACUACUGAAUGUAUGCAAAGUAGUUUUCACAUACAAACUUUAUAUGUCCAAACUCAGAAUCAAAUAUGCUUCCCAAAAAUAACAUGGUUGCACGUUUAUUUUGAUUGGUGAUGCAUUUAUCAGAGUGCCAUUAGGUAGCCUGAUUUCAGAUGUGUCCAUGUAAACAGAAUUAUUAGGGAAAUCGUUCUUCUUGCAAAGCAUGUAGACGUUUUAAUCGAACUAUUAUAUUAAUCUGACUAUCCACAAUAAUCGCAUUAUUGUGUACAUGUAAGCGUACUCACUGUUACAUAGGACUUUGGAAAUUGCUUUAAUUGCAUAAUAGUGGAAUAAGGAACAGUCACUAUUCCUCUUGUGUACAGAACUUACAAACACUCUCAGCUCAUUGCUAUGCAAUUAAAAUGCAAUUACAAAAGUAUUAUGUAACAACAUGCUAAUAAAAUGUUGCUCCAAAAGUAAUUACUGUUUUAUUAGAGGCACAAGAACAAUUUAAUGUUAAGUGUUACUGAGAAUUCUAACAGUAACAAAAUAUGGUUAUUAAGUAUCGAAAGGAAACUAAAUAUCCAAAAACUGCCUUCUUGAAUCAACUGCAGCCAAGGUAGAUGGAAAAUCAUGUUAGUUUGUAUUUUAAGUAACUAUCCCUUUAAAGAUGGUAUCGUGUGUGUUUGAAACAAGAACACUUACCCUCAGAUGGACAAAGAUGUUUGAAGUUGUUUUGGCUAAGCAUCCAACUUGCUGUUUGCAAAUGGAUUUGGAAUUUCUCUGCAGUAUUUUCAGGUAUCAUUAAAUGAAUUGCAGUUCUACAUUUUCAGUGGUAUACAGUAGUUGAGCAUCACAACUUAUUUACUUAUCUGUACAAAAUAGAAUUGGUUAAUUAGUUUGAGUGAUUAUGUACACCUGGGGCAAUGGACAUUCAGAAGAAUGGAUAUUAACAGAAUGUUCAGAUAGAAAUGUAUUGUGUAGAUCAAAUAUCACUGUCAGAUAGAUUGGAAUACUAUAGGAGAUUGUGUUCUAUUCAUUCUAUUUCUGUAUUCAACAUGCAGCCCUGCCAUUAGUUGAAGGCAGAAAAUCCAAUCGUUUCUGGAAAGUUGUCACUUCCUGAGAUCUGUAUUCAAAUAGUUUAAAAAAGUAGAUAAUUUCUUAGAUUUAAAUUCAAAUCGUUUUUUUAAAAGUAGUCACUUUCUGAGAUCUGUAUUCAAGUAGUUUUACAAAAACUGUAUUCAAAUAGUUGUAGUCACCUCCAAAGUAGCUAUUUGUCCCCCCCCCCCAAAUUGUUUAAAAAAAACUUUCCAGUAAUUACUUGAGUAAAACUAAAGAUUCCUUAAUAGAAAAUGACUCAAGAAACUUGAGUAAAAGUCUAAAAGUAUUUGGUUUUAAAUAUACUUAAGUAUCAAAAGUUAAUGUAACUGUAAAAAUAUACUUAAGUAUCAAAAGUAAAAGUACAAGUAUUUUUUUUUUCAAAUUCCGUAUAUUAAGCAAACCAAAUGACCCAAUGUUAUUGUUUUUUAAUCUACAGAUAGCCAGGGGCCCACUCCAACACUCAGACAUAAUUUACAAAUGAAGCAUUUGUGUUUAGUGAGUCCGCCAAAUCAGAGGCAGUAGGGAUGACCAGGGAUGUUCUCUUGAUAAUCGAGUACUUUUGAGUGUCAGGGGAAAUGAAUGGAGUAAAAAGUACAUAAUUUUCUUUAGGAAUGUAGUGAUGUAAAAGUAGGAAAAAAUAUAAAUAGUAAAGUAAAGUACAGAUACCUCAAAAAACUACUAAAGUAGUACUUUCAAGUAUUUUACUUAAGUACUUUACACCCCUGCUUUCCACAAAGCAUAGUUAAAACUAUAGUUGUCCCAGGUCUGGUGUGUGGCCUGCAAGUGCUUUGCGACAGAUAAAAUGUGCUUGAGUGCAUAGCUGAGUGUGACCAUGAUUGCAUGUGGCCUGAAAGUGUUUAUUGACAGAGUCGUGCGUGUGUGUUUGCGGGAUACUCCUGGUCAUGUGUGGUAGCGAGAGCAGCCACUAAGUAUCUGUCAGGGCCCACAGACGUCCAUGCGUUCCUUCCACUAGUGUGACUAUCUCCGACUCCGACUAGAGUUUUUCAAACGGCUUCCAUUUUACCACGCCAGUAGUGUUUGUUUGUUUUUGUCGGGGGCUCGUCUUCCUUCACAACAGCCUAGUCACCACAGCAAUUAGGCCGUAUCAUUAGUAACCAUUAGCAUCAAGCACUGCUCAUAAACCAAGCGUCAACUCUCUGAUUAAUAAGAGCUGUGACCUUUGACUCCAAGACUGAAUUCGUAAUCCCUCUGAUUAAGAAGAGUGUACUGCAUACAGUAGUAGGUGUUUUAAAUGGCACAAUAUCUCAAAGGUUCAACGCUCUCCGGAGAGGUUUCUGACGAAACGUUCUUUGAAUGUUGUUUGGACAUUUGUGUCUGAAUGAAUCAAUUUAGUUGUCAUCCCUCCGAACCGUGUGGCCAACAGCUGUUAGUCAGUCUGUAGAUGUAUUAUAGAACACAGUCGUGUUGUUCCGAGCUAGUGAUUAGAAUCCUCGUCUUAAUGCGGUUUGAUCAGGGCUAAUGAGCCGCUACUGUUUACUCUCUGAGGCACUCAGUGUUUUUACAGAGUCUUUCUACUUUGCUGCCUAGUUUGCAGCCCAACAUAAUGCCUGCUGCGGAACCCACUUAAAGACGUUAAUGCGUCUAGCUUGUGUACCUGUAUAUUAUGUGUGUGCGUUUGUGUGUGUGUGUUUUGAUUAGUAUGUCUAUAUAGAGAGGUUUGUGUGUUUUGUCUUGUUCGGCAGAUAUUUUAUCUGUUUGUGUUUUGUUAGAAGGAGUAAUGGUGUUGGGUGUAUUUCUCUGGGGACGUGAUUAACAGGGCUUUUCUUGAGCGUGUGUGUGUGUGUGUGUGUGUGUGUGUGUGUGUGUGCGUGCGUGCGUGCGUGCAUGUUGUACCUUACCUGUUGUGUCGAUACCCUGACAUCUGCUCCCUGUCAUUCAUUAACACUACUCCUGAACAUCAGUGUUCAGUUAUAAAAAGCCUCCAGCAACCCUAAGUGAGAUUAUCUAAAUAAAGACAUAAGAGAAAAUUGAGUUUCUGCUAUUAGUUAAGGCCUUAGAUAUGGAUUCUGAUUCAUUAGUAUGCAGUCGUUGUCAUAGGUGGAUAAUUACCACAAAGAGAAAAAUGUAAUCUGCAAUUAAACCUAUUUCAGAAGCACUUAUUCCACACAAGAGAAUAGGUGUGGCUUUCACCGAAUGUAUUGAUGUCAUAAAAGCGAAACGCUUUAUCAAAACACUUGGAUGGAAUUAAUUGGGUGAGUUCCUUCUAUUCAGUAGUACCUUCCAAAACAUAAGCCGUGGAAUAUAUUUUCUGGUAUUAUAUUGAUACUGUAAACCGCCAUACAGAUUGCUGUAUGCUUGCUGGUAAUUAGCAAUAAAAUAGUAGUCGUCCUAAUCCAGGCUUUGUCGCAGACAAUGUGUUGUACCAUUUAAUAUAAAAGGUAUACAGUACCAAUCAAAAGUUUUAGAACACCUACUCAUUCAAGGGUUUUUCUUUAUUUUUACUAUUUUUUACAUUGUAGAAUAAUAGUGAAGACAUCAAAACGAUGAAAUAACACGUAUGGAAUCAUGUAGUAACCAAAAAAGUGUUAAACAAAUCAAAAUAUAUUUUAUAUUUGAAAUUCUUCAAAUAGCCACCCUUUGCCUUGAUGACAGCUUUGCACACACUUGGCAUUCUCUCAACCAGCUUCACCUGGAAUGCUUUUCCAACAGUUGAAGGAGUUCCCACAUAUGCUGAGCACUUGUUUUCCUUCACUCUGCUGUCCGACUCAUCCCAAACAUCUCAAUUGGGUUGAGGUCGGGGGAUUGUGGAGGCCAGGUCAUCUGAUGCAGCACUCCAACACUCUCCUUCUUGGUCAAAUAGCCCACAGCCUGGAGGUGUGUUAAGUCAUUGUCCUGUUGAAAAACAAAUGAUAGUCCAACUAAGCGCAAUCCAGAUGGGAUGGCGUAUCGCUGCAGAAAGUGUGCCUUGAAUUCUAAAUAAAUCACAGACAGUCACCAGCAAAGCACCCCCACACAAAUAACACCUCCUCCUCCAUGCUUUACGGUGGUAACUACACAUGCGGAGAUCAUCCGUUCACCCACACCGCGUCUCCAAAGACACGACGGUUGGAACCAAAAAUCUCCAAUUUGGACUCCAGACCAAAGGACACAUUUCCACCGGUCUAAUGUCCAUUGCUCGUGUUUCUUGUCCCAAGCAGGUCUCUUCUUCUUAUUGGUGACCUUUAGUAGUGGUUUCUUUGCAGCAAUUCAACAAUGAAGGCCUGAUUCACACAGUCCCCUCUGAACAGUUGAUGUUGAGAUUUGUCUGUUACUUGAACUCUGUGAAGAAGUUAUUUGGGCUUCAAUUUCUGAGGCUGGUAACUCUAAUAAACUUAUCCUCUGCAGCAGAGGUAACUCUGGGUCUUCCAUUCCUGUGGUGGUCCUUAUGAGAUCCAGUUUCAUCAUAGCGCUUGACGGUUUUUGCGACUGAUCUUGAAGAAACGUUCAAAGUUCUUGAAAUGUUCAGUAUUGACUGACCUUCAUGUCUUAAAGUAAUGAUGGACUGUCAUUUCUCUUUGCUUAUUUGAGCUGUUCUUGCCAUAAUAUGGACUUGGUAUUUUACCAAAUAGGGCAAUCUUCUGUAUAACCCCCCCUACCUUGUCACAACACAACUGAUUGGCUCAAAUGCAUUAAGAAGGAAAUAAAUUCCACAAAUUAACUUUUAAGAAGGCACACCUGUUAAUUGAAAUGCAUUCCAGGUGACUACCUCAUGAAGCUGGUUGAGAGAAUGCCAAGAGUGCGCAAAGCUGUCAUCAAGGCAAAGGGUGGCUAUUUGAAGAAUCUCAAAUAUAAAAUAUAUUUUGAUUUGUUUAACACUGCUUUGGUUACUACAUGAUUCCAUACGUGUUAUUUCAUAGUUUUGAUGUCUUCACUAUUAUUCUACAAUGUAAAAAAUUGUACAAAUAAAGAAAAACCCUUGAAUGAGUAGGUGUGUCCAAACUUUUGACUGGUAGUGUAUAUUUUUUUGAAUGCAUUGGCAUUUACAGUUAUAUAUACAUUCGGUACACGAUAUUCUAUAAUUCAUUGAUUACUCACUUCCUCUGUAUUUAAAACAGUAAUUGUUGUCAUGGAAAUGGCGUUGUUGUACAGGUACUGUACAUUCCCUCAGAGCCAUAUAUAGAUAUGUACAGAUCAUGACUGUUUCGCCUGUAUAUUCUAUGACUUGUUCUUUUCCCAGCUGCAUGAUAACAGCUUCUCACUGCUAUCAUAACAACAGAGUUGAUAUUCACCCCUAGGUUCAACCCUUUAAUUGAGUCCAAUUAUAGGAAAUUACAGGUAGAAAAGACUGCAGUUCAUUCCAACGUGAAAUUCUGUGAGUUAUUUUCAGUCGUUUUUGAGAUGGUUUCGCAGAAGUCAUGAAUAUAUAAUUGUCUUGAUCUUUUCUCUCUGUCUUUUUUCUGUUUCUUUUGUUCUUCUCUUUUUUUCUUUCUCCUGUUCCUUCCACUUCUCUUUCUCUCUCUCUCUAGCGCUCCUCCUCUACCUCUCUCUGUCCAUUAAACACACUCCAGCCGUGGCCUCCCAGGGCCUGCCCUUUAGUUCCGCCGUGGCUAGCCAUCCCAGAGACCUUUACCGUCGUUAGCGUAGCAAAACCUUGUGGCUUGCUACACUAUUAGUUGUUAGUGGCUAACAGACUGUCUCAGACCGAUGCCCUAAGGGAGCUUAUUUCUCUCUCUGUCGUCUAUCGCAUCUAAUGUUAACGAGUAUUAUAUGGGUGGUUGUCGUCUAUGCUAUCUCUAGUCGAUACUUCGUAUAUCUAGCUUCUAUCUCUCAUCUAGUCUCUCUCUCUCUCUCUCUCUCUCUCUCUCUCUCUCUUUCUUCCUGGUCUCUCUCUCUCUCCCUGGUCUUUCUCUCUCUCUUUCUCUCUCUUUCAUUCUCUUUCAUUCCUACUCUCCCCUCCUAACCAUAGUCCGGGAAACGCAAAUUAGAUGCUGAAAGACACAAAUGGGGGUUAGUUGCGCUCCAGGCUUCUCCUUUGGAGUCAGCACAUUCUGAUCUGUCCAUUCUCUGAAAAACUCCAUUGUGGUUUGUUGGAGGAGUAGAAGGGAGGGAGGAGAGAGGGUGAUAAGAGGACUUAAAACAAGAGGAGUUAUACAGGAGCGGAACAGAGAUGUGCGAGGUGAUUGAUGAGUGUGUAGGGUAGGGAGGGUGGGAGGGAGGGAUGCUUGGGGGGAGGAUGAUGAAACGUCUGGUUCCCGACAGGCAUACCAGGCAGGCUAAGACAAAUCAGCUGUUAAUCCUGCAGGGACUGUGUGUGAAGGGGUGUUGUGUGUGUGUGAAGGGGUGUUGUGUGUGUGUGUUCAUUUGUGUGUUUAUGUGUGUGUUCACAGUAUGUGAGGGGAAUUAUAGUGAGGGGCGGUGUUUCUGUCAGAGGUUACAAAGUUUAAUGCUAGCAUCUCCAGCUGCAACAAAUCACUCACAGAUAAACAAGCUGUAAUUUUGUUUUGCGGGAAGAAAGCGGCGGCCAUUUUUAUUACUGUUAUUACACUGGGGUGUCUAAACACGACAUAGAAUCCAUGGCAUGCAGUCAAAACAAUUAUUUAACCCAGAGACUGACUCUAAAAGGAUAAAGUGAACGGAAAAAAGGCCUGACACUCACUGUCAGUGUAUCAGGGUUUAAGGUUAUUAAACCGUUUUAGCCCGGCAUAUGUUUCCUGUAUUAUUAUAACUGGCAAUGUUUAUAUCAGAAACUGUUAUGGCAUGUAGCAGCAGGGAUAGGAGGAGGAGACUUGGUGGAAGUGUGUGUUUCUGCUAUCCUUGUGCGUGGGUCUGUCUGUCUGUCUGAAUGUAUGUGUUUCUGCCAUCCUUGUGUUUCUGUGUCCCUUUUGUGUCUGGUUGUGUGGGAGGGGAAAGUCACUCGGGGGGGACAGAUGACCGAUGGGGACCCAAGGACAGUGGGGAGUGUGUGGGGGCCCGCAGUGGCUGGAUGAGAGUGUGUGGGCUGUGAUUCGCUGUGGCACUGGAUGGCAGGAAACAUACUGCUGCCCGUGGAGGAGGGAGGGAGGGAGUAGAGGAGAUCAGUGUCACAGUGAGGGGCACACACACAUAGUGUACACACACACACACACAGAGAGAAGGACAGACAGAAGGAUAUAGCGACACAAUCUGACAAACAAACAUGCAGUGUCACUGACUGACCUCCGCUUAAUCUCCAGACAGUUAAAAUGCACAGGGGCCAACAGGGGAGGGAUCGCAGUAGAUUAGCUUUGGCUCUGCUUGAUGCUACUAGGCACCAGCAGCAGUGGCUACUAAGACAUGCUACUAUAAAUGCCUGUUGGUCUGGAGACACCCAGCUCAGUGGAGCUUAAACCUUCUGCUUCAUGCUCUUCUGAGCUCCACACACACACACUGCUCUGUUGACCCGACAAGAGCCUCCGUGGCCCCGCAAACACCCGGCCUCAUUAUGUAUGCAGAAGGUUACCAGGUAAAAGGCGCCACGGCGGCAACGCCCCGAAGCCCUGGUCCACUUGACCCAGAUUAGUGGCAGUCGCUGGGUAAGUGAUCAGUUUUAAGGCAAAGAUCAGGGGAUGUGGGCCACACUGGAGCCGAAAUGAAGCCUCAGCCUCUGUCUGACUGUAUGUGUUUCUGCUAUCCUUGUGUUUCUGUGUCCCUUUGUGUCUGGUUGUGUGCGAGCGGAAGGUCAAUCGGGGGGGACAGCGGGAGCGGGGGGGGGGCGUGGUGGGACCCUUGGGUAAGAGGCCUGUCUGCCCAGGGCCAGAGGGCCCGCAGUGGCUGGAUGAGAGUGUGUGGGCUGUGAUUCGCUGUGGCACUGGAUGCCAGGAAACAUACUGCUGCCUGUGGAGGAGGGAGGGAGGGAGUAGAGGAGAUCAGUGUCACAGUGAGGGGCACACACACAUAGUGUACACACACACACACACAGAGAGAGAAGGACAGACAGAAGGAUAUAGUGACACAAUCUGACAAACAAACAUGCAGUGUCACUGACUGACCUCCGCUUAAUCUCCAGACAGUUAAAAUGCACAGGGGCCAACAGGGGAGGGAUCGCAGUAGAUUAGCUUUGGCUCUGCUUGAUGCUACUAGGCACCAGCAGCAGUGGCUACUAAGACAUGCUACUAUAAAUGCCUGUUGGUCUGGAGACGCCCACUGAGCUGGGUAUCUCCUCCGUGGCCCCGCAAACACCCAGGCCUCAUUACGUAUGCGGAAGGUUACCAGGUAAAAGGCGGCAGCCGCGGCCCCGAAGCCCUGGUCCAAUUGACCCAGGUAAGUGGCAGUCGCUGGUUAUGUGAUCUGUUUUAAGGCAAAGAUUAGGGGAUGUGGGCCAUGCUGGAGCCGAAAUGAAGCCUCAGCCUCUGAAGUGGCUAGUUUGACCUAGUUUGAUCCCUGGGAAUGGAAUGGUUGGAGGCGUUUGCAAUGACGAUAAACUCAUUUCAGUUUCAUUUUCAUGAGAAACACUAUUUUCUGGUCCAGUCAUGCUAUUUGAGGAGGCGAACUAGGAGAGUGUUUUUCAUCCACUAAGUGGAGGGAAACCGAAAUGCAUGGGGAGAGUUGACCGGCACGGAAAAAAGAGGGGAUCCUGGCAAUUGAUAGGGUUUAAAAGUGUAGCUAUUAUGACUAAGAGAUCGCUCAUACAUAAAACGCUGAAACACUCACAGGUACACAUGCAGGGAAGGGCGGGUGUGUUUAUGAGUGUUACCACGAGGCGUCAUGAUCCAAUGACUUUUGGAUCAAUUGUCAUCGCUGGCUGUGCUGAAGGUCUCUGUGUGUGUGUGUGUUGUAUUGCUAACUGGUGAGCAAUGAGGUAAGAUAAGAUGUAGGCUCACAGGACGCUAAAGAGUCCAGCAGAGCAACACUCCUGCGAGACUGUUCUCCAAUCACAGAUGGCCCCGCAAAGUGUGUGUGUGUAAGAAGGUGUGAGGGCUUGGCUCUGUGGAGCAGGCGGGAAGCCGAGAACACACUAGGUCACUAAGGUUGCCGGGGAGAGAGAACGAGGGAGCGAGGGAUGAAGAAAGGAAGGGGUAAAGAAAACAGUUGGAGGGGGAGGUUGAUGUCAGGGGUAAUCCUUAUUUUGCCCUCUAAGCACAAGGCAGUAAGGAGCCGAAUAAUGUUUCCCCGUGUCGACAGAUUGGACUUCAUAUUACCGUGAAGCUUUUAAAGUCUUCCUCCCUCCCUCUCGCUCUCCAUUCUUUAUCCCUUCUUUCACUCAUUCGGUCCCCCUCUAGCUCCAGCACUUACUGUACAAGACCUACUUUGAAAAAGGAGAGGAAGAAAUCGUUUUCUUGUGGUUAGUUAUUGAACUAUAAGGUAGUUAUGUAGUAUUUGAAAGUAUACAUUUUUCAAAAAGAAAGUAUUUCUUCCAACUGUUAUUUUUCUCUUCAGUCAGCUAGGAGGCAAGAUGGUCCUAAAAGGCCAGUAUGUGCACUGUGUCUGACCAAGUGUGUGACUAAAAAAGAACAUUUUGGAGCUUGCCAGUGAAGGGAAAGUGAGCAAUGGAGUGCGAGAGAGAGAGAGAGAGAGAGAUGGAGAGAGAUGUCCCAGUUGGGAGUUUUGCGGAGGAGUGUAGCAGCAGAAUGCCAAUGGCGAUGAGAGCCAGGCCGACUGUGAGUGGUUGUUUCGCUAGUUGUUCCUCCCUGUCACUUAAACCGUAUCCCAGAGAGACGGGGGACCUUUAAAGUCUGCCACUCUUGGCCCCACUUCAGGGCCUUCUCACCCCUGUCACGCUCCUCCGCCCUCCCUCCUAGCGCCCUCCCUCCUAGCGCCCUCCCUCCUAGCGCCCUCCUUCCCUCCCAUCUCUCUAUCCCUCCAUCCUCCCACAUCUAUGUACAUACAGUGCUUUCGGCAAGUAUUCAGACCCCUUGACUUUUUCCACAUUUUGUUACGGUACAGCCUUAUUCAAAAAUUGAUUAAAUUGUGUUUUUCCCUCAUCAAUCUACACACAAUACCCCAUAAUGACAAAGCAAACAUUUUUUGAAAAUGUAUUAAAAAUAAGAAACUGAAAUAUCACAUUUACAUAAGUAUUCAGACCCUUUACUCAGUACUUUGUUGAAGCAUCUUUGGCAGCGAUUACAGCCUCGAGUCUUCUUGGGUAUGACGCUACUUGGGUAUGACGUAUUUGGGGAGUUUCUCCCAUUCUUCUCUGCAGAUCCUCUCAAGCUCUGUCAGGUUGGAUGGGGAGCGUCGCUGCACAGCUAUUUUCAGGUCUUUCCAGAGAUGUUCGAUCGGGUUCAAGUCCGGGCUCUGGCAGGGCCACUCAAGGACAUUCAGAGACUUGUCCCGAAGACACUCCUGUGUUGUCUUGGCUGUGUGCUUAGGGUCAUUGCCCUUUCGGAAGGUGAACCUUUGCCCCAGUCUGAGGUCCUUAGCGCUCUGGAGCAGGUUUUCGUUAAGGAUCUCGCUGUACUUUGCUCCGUUCAUCUUUCCCUCGAUCCUGACUAGUCUCCCAGUCCCUGCCGCUGAAAAUCAUCACCACGGCAUGAUGCUGCCACCACCAUGCUUCACUGUAGGGAUGGUGCCAGGUUUCCUCCAGACGUGACGCUUGGCAUUCAGGCCAAAGAGUUCAAUCUUGGUUUCUUCAGACCAGAGAAUCUUGUAUCUCAUGGUCUGAGAGUCCUUUAGGUGCCUUUUGGCAAACUCCAAGCAGGCUGUCAUGUGCCUUUUACUGAGGAGUGGCUUCUGUCUGGACACUACCAUAAAGACCUGAUUGGUGGAGUGCUGCAGAGAUGGUUGUCCUUCUGGAAGGUUCUCCCAUCUCCACAGAGGAAUUCUGGAGCUCUGUCAGAGUGACCAUCGGGUUCUUGGUCACCUCCCUGACCAAGGCCCUUCUCCCCCGGUUUCACAGUUUGGCCGGGCGGCCAGCUCUAGGAAGAUUCUUGGUGAUUCCAAACUUCAUCCAUUUAAGAAUGAUGGAGGCCACUGUGUUCUUGGGGACCUUCAAUGCUGCAGAAUUUUUUUUGUACCCUUCCCCAGAUCUGUGCUUCAACACAAUCCUGUCUCCGAGCUCUACGGACAAUUCCUUCGACCUCAUGGCUUGGUUUUUGCUCUGACAUGCACUGUCAACUGUGGGACCUUAUAUAGACAGGUGUGUGCUUUUCCUAAUCAUGUCCAAUCAAUUGAAUUUACCACAGGUGGACUCCAAUCAAGUUAUAGAAACAUCUCAAGGAUGAUCAAUGGAAAUAGGAUACACUUGAGUUCAAUUUCGAGUCUCAUAGCAAAGGGUCUGAAUACUUAUGUAAAUAAGGUAUUUCUGUUUUUAAUUUUUAAUACAUUUGCAAACAUGUCUAAAAACCUGUUUUUUCGCUUUGUUAUUAUGGGGUAUUGUGUGAAGAUUGCUGAGAUUUUUUUUUUUUUAAUCAAUUUUAGAAUAAGGCUGUAACGUAACAAAAUGUGGAAAAAGGGAAGGGGUCUGAGUUUUGACUGUGUGACCAGGGUUCGGGAUAGUCUCAUUCUUUCAAUCUGGGCUGACAGGAUGGUAUUACACACUGAAUGGUAUUGGUAAGUGACUCAACUGGGAGAGAUAUGUGGUAGAAUAUGUUAAGAUGACUAUGUAGGUGCGUGUGUGUGUGUGUGUGUGUGUGGGGGGGGGGGGUCGUUGUGUGUGUGUGUGUGUGGGGGGGGGGGUCUUUGUUUGUGUGUGUGUUUGAGCGUACUAAGGGGUUUGUCUAUUCACAUCACAUCUGUUAUGUGAGCUAAUCAGUCUCCAAUGAGAUACACUCCCUCUCCAUUCCACCAUGCCCCAUUCUUGUAUCCACCCUGACAAAUUCUGUUCCCAUUCCUUUCUCCCCCCCCCCCCUCUUCUUACCCCCCCCCAUCUUUACCCUCUUUUCCCAGCCAAUCCAAUCCUCUGUUUCUCUACCUCCUUCCCUCAGCCCACCCCCCUUCAAACAGGGUUAUAUUCAUUAGGCACCAAACGUAAGAAAAUGGACUGAAACAGGGAUGGGACUAUCUGGACCUGACCAAUAACAACAUCUUGGUUUAGUUUUCCGUCAAUAAUUGUUAUAAGGCAUUCUAAUGUAGUUUGCCCAAAUGAAUACAAGCUAGUUAAUUUCCUACAUGUUAGACUGCUUGUUUUUGAUGCAGUAACUAACAUGACUCAUUAUUUAUUGAAAAUACAGUUUAUUAUUAUCGGAGAACAUUAAUGGUAAACGCUGCUAAUGUAAACUUUGAUAUCCAGCACAUCAGAUAAGCGGCUAGGGUACCCACAGAGGGAUGUCAAUAGGCUGGAGGGUGGGAGUGGGGCUUCUGUCUGUAUAGAUGUCUGUGUCUGUGUGUUUCUGUGUGUGCACAUGUCUGUGCAUGGGUGUGCCUGUGUGUGUCCGCGUAUCCAGCUGUGAGAAUGAGAGAGAGCAAUUUAGGACCGAGACAGCCCUGGCCACCGCCCCAUAUCUCCCUCCCUCCCUCCUCCAUUUCAUGUUUUCGUGAUAAGAAAUGAUCGACGCUGACGGGUCUCUUUUCGGCUGUGACUGCCGUUGUAUGUAUGAGUGUGUGUCUCUGGACGUGUCCCCAGCGUAGAUUCAUCAGACUCCCCUACACAUACACACCUAUCAGAUGCGCGGGUCCUAGUGGAAUCGCCCAUAGUCGGAAUCUCUGAUAUGGAUGCAAGCCGGAGUGAGAAUCCACAAAGUCAUUUAUGCUCUCACUCACUCACUCUCAGCAGUGAGGUGUUAGCUUGGCAACGGCACACCACCAUGUGGCCGCAAAGAGAAAGUAGACCACUAUUAUCCUCAAUGGGAUAUUAGAGUCCCCCCAGUGGCCAUCUGUGGAAACUGCACGCUGGUUAAAACCAACAUAAUGAGAGGCUUUUACAUUUAAUUUAGACGCCUCACUCAGCCUCAGUGCCCUCUAGUAAUCACAUACAUAGACAUAAUUGAGCAAGGAGGCCGAGGUCAACUCAGAACAUUGGCGGAUGAUAAGAUGUCUGGCAAGCAUUAAAUGCCUAACAGAGCUCAUUUCCUGGGAUGUAUUCAAUGAUGAGAAACGUUCUGAAUGUUGCAGAUAGAAAUAGAAAGAACAAUAAUAUAUUCUGUAUGCGAUACAUUUCUAUCUGAAUGUUCUGGAACAUCCUCCUGAACAGGCCCUGUUCUUCAGUUAAGCUGUUUUCAUUUAAAACUUCUGAUUGGAUUCUGAUUCUAACAGCUCAUAUUCCCCCAGCCCUUAUCCCUGUCACAAGGAGUAAUGACACAUACAUUUGAAUUGGACUAAAUCUUAAAUUCUCUGCGUCUUCUUCUCUUUCAGAGCAGCGUAAAAUAACAGCAGGGCCGUCGACGGCUGGCAUCCUCGGAGGCAUCAUUGGUGUGGUCCUUUUGCUGUUGAUUGUGGGCUCUGUAAUCGUGCUGGUCCGCAAACGCAAGCAGAACGCCGAGAACGGAGAGUGAGUGUUCCGCUCUCAGCAAAUGUUCCUUUAGUACACUCUUACUGAUUUCUCAAAGUCAUGUUUUUUCAAUAGGUGUGGACAAAGUGAGUUGCACUAACCUCUCCUCCUGCCCUCUUUUCUCUCGUCCAAUCAGUGGUCCUCCCAAGCACAAGCCCCCUCCCCCUGUGAAGACCGGCAGCUCCACAGAGAUGGUGAGUGGUCCACGUCCCUGUCACUCAGGGCUCAUUAUUACUGAAGGUCAUAAACCACAUGGAGUGCAGUUCGUAAUGGGGCUAAUGGCUAUUGAUCGGAGGAGAGUGGCCCAGUUAUCUGACUUUGACCUCUCCACGACCCCACAGCUGAACAAGCAUGUCAUGGACCCAGUGACGAAGAAGUUGACGGAGAUCCAGCCUUUAAGUAAGGUCUACUACGAGACCAGUGGAGAGCCUGUCACGGUAAGAGGACAUCCUCCAAACUCCAUACUCUGGGUCGUGAUCAUUAGGUCACACCAGAAAACGAAAUUGUACUUAAGUCCAGGUAGUUACUCCAUGUUUCAGUCUGUUGUCUGCAAUUGGGUGCCUAAUGAACACAACCCGGACUCUCUCCAUUUUCACAUAGUGCUGUUUACAGUCGUUGAUUUACUACCUGUACUGUAUAUCGAAAUGUCUGCUGUUUACCCUUCGUGAGGGACAUCUGGCUGCUUUCUAGACUCUGGAUUCAGUCUCUACUUUAUUGUCAGAUUACACACCCUUUUUGUACUAUAUUAUAACAUUCUGCCUCCGUGGUCCCUCAACAGCUUGACUAUUUUGAAAACUAAAACGUUCAUUGAACCUAUUGAACAAUGCAUGGUCAAGGAGUGGAUUUUGUCUACCAUACCACAGCUGAUGUCAUUUUCUUGAGAGUUGUUGCUGGUUCAACUUUUGAUAUUACAGGAUCUGGAUGCCUACGAUGAUAACACCAUUGGUGGUGGGGCUGCUAAUGGUGGCGGCCCUGCUGUCCUGGAGGACUCAAUACAGUAUGCCGAUAUCGACGAAACGCUAAAUGACGAAGCCCUGCCACCGUACUCCGGCGCGGAUGGUCACCACGUCGAUGAGCCGCCGUCGGCCACUGUGGCCCGCGGAGAAAGCUUUGUGUCGGCAGCCAUGUAUGUUUAG